GCUUGCCUAAAAAAUCUUGGAUCGGCACGCGACCUCCUCACCCUCCCGGCGCGACCUCCUCACCCUCCCGGCGGCGGCAGCGGCGACGGGGCCUAGGAACCGGCGGCGGCGACGGCGACUCCUCUCGUCUGUGGAAUACUUCGAUUUGCCGAGGCGAGCUGUUCUUGUCUUCUCACGCCUUGUGGCGCGGCGUGGGUGAACUCGCGGAGGCCCCUCUCGAGUCUCGAAGCAAACGCGGGUGUGGGCGCCGAGAUGUUUGCGACGGCGGCGCGGUGGGCGGCGAAGAAGGGGAAGCCCAAGAUGGCGCCGAUCGAGCUCACGACGGCGCCGGAGCAGGCGCAGUCCAUCACCCGCACCAUCUUCGAUGUCGUCAAGGAGCACGGCCCCCUCACCAUCUCCGAUGUUUGGGAGCACGUCAAGGACGUAGGGCUGAGGGGUUUGACAAGCAAGAGGCAGAUGAAGAUCAUGCUGCGGUGGAUGAGGGAGAAGCAGAAGCUCAGGCUCAUCUGCGACCAUGACGGACCUCACAAACAAUUCCUCUACACGACAUGGUUCACCAACCCCAAGAAUGCGCCGCAGAGGCCCAGGAGGGAGCUCAACAGGGAGAAUCCCAAGCCAUGACUGUGUUAGGAAUAAGCCACGCCACGGUGGUGACCAACAUGUGUGUGCGUGUAGGUCGAGUACAGACGCCGGUGCGUGGCCGCGUCCAUAGCUGUGGUCAGUUAGCCGGGUUUGUGUGUGUUGCAGAGCGAGGUGUGGAGGCCCAGGUCUCGCGUGAGCAGCGGCUCACAUUCACUGGAGACCGAGUCACUCGCGUGCAUGGUUUGCUAGUUUCGUUGUGAUCUGGUUAGUCCAGGUAAGGUAGAGUCAUGGUUAGUUAGUGCAUGCGUGUGCAUGGGUUAGCUGGUUAGUGGCCGGCGUGUGUGCGUGCGUGGAGUUAGUGGCCGGUGUGGUGGCCGGAUGGUGUGUGCACCUGGGUAUAAAAGGCCCUCCGUUGUACUGCUCGUAUGUGGGUGUGGGUUUGAGUUCGUGCUCGAGGAAGAAGCUGUUCGUGCGGCAGGCGUAUGUGCGCCAGAAAAACACCACCGUGUCCUGUGUCUCCUCUUUCUUCUACCUUCAUUCGUGCGAGAGAGAAAGAGAGCGAGAGGGAGCUGGGCACCGGCGCAAAGAGCAAGCUAGGGCUCUGCGCCAACAGACUGCACUCAUGUUGACUAAUUUAGGGCUUAUUUCCUGGAUAUGUAGACAAAGCUGUUAAUCA